AUGUGUCGUCUUCUCGUGUAUAAGGGCACAGAGCCCAUCCAGAUCUCCCAUCUCGUUACCCGUCCAAGACACAGUAUCAUCAACCAGGCCUUCGAGUCCAGGCUCCGUAUGCCCAGUAGCCGUCCCCUCAAUGCGGACGGUUUUGGUCUCGGCUGGUACGACUCUCUCCCCGCCCUCCCUGCCAACGCCGUCCCUCGCGCUGCUACCACCCCCGCCCCCGCCUGGAGUAAUGCCAACCUCACUCGACUCGCCGAAAAGAUCCGCUCCUCGCUAGUAUUUGCCCACGUCCGAGCAUCUACCAUGGCCGGCGCACCCAGCGAGGACAAUUGCCAUCCGUGGAUGUUUGACAAGCUCAUGUGGAUGCACAAUGGCGAAAUCAACGAGUUUCCCAAGAUCAAGCGGGCGUUACAGGCGAGCUUGCCCGAGGAGCUGUUCUUGUAUCCUUCAGGAUAUACGGACUCGGAGUGGGCGUUUAUGGUGUUUUUGAGCAAGCUGAAAGACCCUCAUGCGCGCUCGUUCUCCCAUGUGGAACUCAGAGACGCCAUGAUGGAGACUGUUCACUUUAUCAACAAGCUCUCCAAAGAAGCUGGUUGCACCGGCCCUUCUUUGAUGAACUUUGUAGUCACCGACGGCUCCACAGUAGUAGCUACCCGCUACAUCUCAUCCCGUACCUCCGAAGCCUCCUCUCUCUUCUUCUCUUCCGGCACCUCGUUCGACGAGUACCAGGGCUCAGGCCGUGGAUUAUAUCGAAUGACAAAGGCAGAUAAGAGGGAAAACAUUAUCAUGAUUGCGAGUGAGCCGUUAACGUUUGAGAGGAGUGAUUGGAUGGAGGUCAAGACGAACACCAUGGUCGUCAUUACACCCAAGAUGAACCUUCUCCAAAUACCAAUCAUCGAUGAGUACUGGGUCCCACCACAAGACCCAGCCGCUCUCGCUAGAUCACGCGAUUUUGCCAUCAGGAGAGGGUUCGGUCUCGGGUUUGCGAGCGAUGCGGCUAGGAAUGAGAUUGCGGCUGCAGCUUAG